AUGCACUAAAAUUCUGGCUUGACUUAUCAUAAUGUUGAUUCAUAUAUUGAAACUGAAGGCUUUUUUUGCUUCGAACAAUUUACAAGACUAGAUUUGAAGAAAAAAAAUUGGGAAGAAAGUUUAAAUAGUUUGACAGAUGACUUGAUUGCACUUAAGAGUGAAUAUGUGGAUUUGGAAAAUCUAGAAAUAUUCAUUGCUCUUUUAGAGUUCUUGGAAAAGAAUAUCCAAGAAUCAGAGGUAGGAUCACCUUAUUUUCAAUUGAGAUAAGGUAUGAACUAAACUUCAAUUAAUAAUUAUAUAAAUGACAUGCUUGAAAAUAUUGAAAAGAGUCUUACAUGUGAUUCAGAUGACUAUAGAGCAAUUGACUUCCCAGGAUUAUUGAAAUUGGAGGAUAUCCUAAGCUUUUUAAAAGAAUCUAAGUUCAUUAAAUCAUAUAUGUAAAAAGUAGAUUACCUACUUCAAAUUUAACAAGAAAGGAAAUAGUAAUAAUUUAAAAAGAAAAAAUGA